AUGGCUUUUCUUCCGGCCUCCACAGUCACUGCCGGCCGCCCUCCCUCCACUUUCCACUCUAUCAAUGACCCUUACUACGUUCGCAUUCUUGACACCACCCUCCGCGACGGCGAGCAAGCACCUGGCGCCGCCAUGACCGCCGAGCAGAAGAUCGUCAUCGCCCGAAACCUCGUCCUCCUCGGCGUCGACGUCAUCGACGCCGGCUUCCCGGUUUCCUCGCCGGAGGAUUUCAAUGCCGUUAAAUCUAUCGCCGAUGAGGUUGGGAAUGUGCAACAUGGUGGAAGAUUGGGAGGCCAUGUGCCGAUCAUCGUCGUCGUGGCGCGCACAUCAAAGAGAGAUAUUGAUGCGGCGUGGGCGGCGGUGAGCGGCGCUCUGCGGCCGAGGAUUGCUACCUUUAUUGCAACGAGCGAGAUUCAUAUGCGGCAUAAGCUGAAGAAGAACGCAGAUGAGGUGGUGGCGAUUGCAAGGGAAAUGGUCGCGUAUGCGAGAAGUGUCGGCUUUCAAGAUAUCUCCUUUGCCGCCGAGGACUCUCUCAGGCGAGUGGCAAAAAUACAAGUUUUAAUUAUUUAA